UUUUACAUUUACAGUUAGUUGCUGGGUUAAGCAGAAUAUUCUGCUACUCCUCUAUUGAUGGGUUGCGAUAAUACUGUACAGUAAUAUCUUCUCCUUGACUUGUAUGAUUUUUCUUCAAGUUUCUCUUGAGAUUGUUGAACUCUUGAAAAAAUCGACAGCAAAGACACUAAACAGACUUUAAAGAAAAAAUCCUGACCUCAAAUAUAUUGUAAGUUCAUCGCAAAACUCAAUCGACAAAAUGGUAAAGACAUUUCAACAUUACCUUGGCUCUGAAUGCCAUAGAACUUACAGUUGUGUUCACUGCCGAGCGCACCUUGCAGGUCAUACAGACUUAAUAUCAAAGUCAUUUCAAGGCAGCCAAGGCAGAGCCUAUCUCUUCAAUGAAGUUGUAAACGUGGACAGUGGGAUCCCACAAGAACGACUUCUGCUCACAGGAAUGCACGCAGUGUCUGAUAUUCACUGCAAGUGCUGUAAGACCACACUAGGAUGGAAAUACGAACGGGCAUAUGAAAACAGCCAGAAAUACAAAGAAGGGAAAUUCAUCAUUGAGUUGAUACACAUGAUAAAGGAUAACGGAUGGAGCUAACUUUGCUCGACCCCGGAUAUGAGCUACUUCUUAUUUACCUAAAGCAUCAGACCGACGUUGUUCAUCUACAUGGACGUCCCAAUUCACACGGUUCCCUACAUGUAAGGUCGCAGGACGAUUACCGUUACGAUUUUUAUCGUUUUCAAGCUAAUGUUACUUUACUCCGGGACUGAAACCGCCGGAUAUUCUAUCUUACAUUCCAAUCUUUAUAACACUGGCCACGACAAAUCUUUUAUCUCUCACACACACACACAUAGAUAAACUGCUAUAUUUCAUUCAUUACAAGUAAAACAUAAUUCCACUAUUAUUUUGACACAUACGUAUAAAUAAACGGAUAUUUCAUUUAUAUCAUAACAAGUACAAACUACUCUACGCUUCAUGGGCAUUUCUUCCUUCGUUUCGUUUGUUUGCCUUUGGUUAUCUUUUCCUUUUUGCUUGGUUUGGCCGUAGCCGCUUUUAGUAUUGAUGUAUCAUUCGUCUUUCCUUUCUUUUCACUGUUAACGCUUCAACUUAAAAUUGGGUUCGUGUGUCGCAAUCGGGACCUGUAGAAUCGAAAAAGGAAACUUUUCCAGUAGUUUACUUAUUCUCACGCUUAUUUGUACAUAGCUGUCUUGUUUUUUUGCACGCCAGCGCCCGUCUGUGUGACCCUAGCGUACUGUAAUGGUUUAAAAAACAUAGAUUUAUUUAAAACAGAAGUAAUGAAUAGAAGCGACAUUCUAAUCUUCGUAUCAGCAUUUUCAACUAGAUGGUUUCCUUUCCAAUGGCGCGUAUGUUGUUUUCUGUUUGCACGAACACUGUGUGUAUGUGCGUAUAUAUGUGUGCGUGGUUCUUCUAUAUUGUGCUGUGUUUAUCUAUUGGCAUUUCUUCGUUGUCUUAGUCUGUUUUUCCAUUUCCAACCGGAAGAUGAUUUGCUUCAUAAUUUACCCCGGCGUUUCUACAAGAGUCCCCCCUUAAGCCCGUAUGGCAUGUUCCGUUUAAAGUAACUUCUUUCAUUUAUUCCGCACUUUUCCUUGUCCUCUUGCUGGUUACGAGACGAUGUCUUUUCUACGCUUUUUCUUUCCGCAAUCCGUCGCCUAACGCGCGUUUGCUCACGGACGCAUGGAUGUACAAUACCCCUCGCUUUGUGUUGUAGAACGAGUUUACCAUUUACCAAUUCGCUCUGCACCGUAUAGCCUGUACACGAGUGUUGACCCAAAUAAAUGAAAACCACUCUG